CGCAUCACCGGUUUACCGGCAGCAAAACUACAAGCUCAUGAUAUCAAGGGGGUUUCCAUUUCUCCGGGGGGGAUUCUGCGAUAUUAAACCAGUGGGCCUUGUGUCUGUUAUUGGGGAAUGAGCGAGGAGAAAAGCCCGGACAGCUGCAGGAGAAACUCUGGGUGCACCAGUGUUCUCAGUAUAGAGCAAAUGCUGGCUGUGAAUCCUGGGAAGACGCCCAUCAGUCUGCUGCAGGAGUAUGGAACGCGGAUAGGCAAGACACCGGUGUAUGACCUGCUAAAGGCCGAAGGUCAGGCCCACCAGCCCAACUUCACCUUCCGCGUGUCUGUGGGAGAGAUCAGCUGCACAGGCCAAGGCCCCAGCAAGAAGGCUGCCAAACACAAGGCCGCUGAAGCUGCUCUCAAGAUGCUGAAAGGAGGGAUGCUGGAAGCGUUAAAGGGCAGCGUGAUGGAGGGAGAGUGCUUUGAUGACAUAGAGAUCCCCUUAGAGGGAGACUGUUGCCUGGAGGACAAGCAGGUCCAACAACCCGAGAAAGAAAAUAAACUACGUCCUUUUCAGUUUUGUUCACAGUCAGAGAUAAAGUUAUCCAGUUCCAGCCAGCAAGCUGAAUGCAAUCCAGUUGGUGCUCUACAGGAGCUGGUGGUGCAGAAAGGUUGGCGUUUACCAGAAUACACAGUCACGCAAGAGUCUGGGCCUGCACAUCGCAAAGAGUUCACCAUGACAUGCAAAGUAGAGAAAUUUGUUGAGAUUGGUAGCGGUACAUCAAAGAAGCUUGCCAAGAGGAAUGCAGCAGCAAAGAUGCUCUCCCGGAUCCACGAUGUUCCUGUAGACAUGCGCAGCAGCCAUGAAGCUGAAGCAGAGGACGACACCUUCAACAUGCACAUAGGUGGCAGGCUAGAAGUAGGGAAGUGUAAGGGGUUUGGAUGUACAUGGGAUUCUUUGCGCAACUCUGCAGGAGAGAAGAUCCUGCAGCUGCGUAGUCACCCUCUGGGCCUUCCCAACUCCAACUUCUGCUCUCUGCUCAAUGACCUCUCUGAAGAGCAGCGCUUUGAUGUCAGUUAUUUGGACAUGGAGGAACGCAGUCUCAGUGGCCUGUACCAGUGUCUUGUGGAAUUGUCCACUCAGCCUAUCACUGUGUGUCAUGGCUUUGCCCCCAGUCAGGAUGCAGCACGGGCCAGUGCAGCGCACAAUGCGCUCCAGUACCUCAAGAUCAUGGCCGGUGGAAAGUGAGUCUGUGCUUUUCACCAGAAACAUGGGUUCAGAGUCGACAAUACUGUAGCCCACAGUACUGUAAACUGGGGCUUAUUGGAUGUUACAGGCAUAUCAUGUGCCUAAUGCCCCAAAGACACUUGACUUAUUCCCAUGAGCUCUAAUGAAAGAUGAACUGCUUAUGUAUUUUGUAUCCAAAAAUGGUUGAGGACUGGUUUUAACUGAGGGCCUUGUUUUUCUACUACCUCCAUUUGAUGAAUUUGAUUUUGUUGUUAAAUUAUCCUGAAAUUGCUUCCCUUUGACAUUUUAAACUAACAUUUCCCUAAAUUAUUUUAAAAAUACAAAUGUUUUUAACUUGACUUUUUAAAUAGCUUACAUAGGUUUCCUUGCCAUAAUUUGUAACAAAAAGUAUUUGAAUGUACUUCUGCUAAUUUUCAGAUUCCACAUACAUGUCUACCUCCAUAUUUAUUCGGUUGUUGGGCCCACAUGUUGCAAAAAUGCCCUUUCCUUUUUAUUCUCAGUUAAGGCAUUGUGUAAGAUCAUGCGUGCAGUGCAAGUUUAUUCAGAUAUUAGUAUUUUUGGGCAAGAUUAAAUAAAAUAUUUAGUACAUUGUGGGACAAAGUUUUUAGUCCAUGUGGAGCUAGAUUGUUGUGUAGUUCUGAGCAGAAAUUUCCAGAAAAUUAAUUUGAGCAGUUUUAAAGUUGAGAGGUCCCUCACUAAACUAAUAAUAAAGAUGUUUUAAUUCAG